CAGGCGGGGGUUGCCGCUGCUCCUCGAAUACAUACAAGUCCCCGCGGUCGGGUGGUGGUUGCUGCUGCAAGUCGAUAUGCUCUCACAUCGGAGUAAGGAACGGAGUGAGUGCGUGUGGCGUCUGUUUGCAUGCGUGUGUCAGGAGGCAUAAUCUGCAUGUAAACACAGGUGCAUGCGCUGUUCCUUUGGACACGCUCAACUACGGCGCUCUUCGCCCCAUCAUCACCACCCACCAUGUUUGGGAAGAAAGUGCGGCGGAAACAGCAGUACCACCUGCUCCGCAUUCCCGGCGAGAUCCGCAACCAGAUCUACUCGGACCUCCUCCUCUCCUCUCCACACGCUGUCCCGAUCUACCGAGGCGGCGGCAAAAAGGCCGCGGCCCCGGGGACGGCAACCAGGACGACCGACGAGGUACUCUCGGCGCUGACGGUGCUGACGGCGCUGCUGCGCACCUGCCGCCAGAUCCACCGCGAGGCCGGCACGCUCUUUUACUCGCGCGCCCGCUUCGCCCUGCCCCCGGACGCCUCGCGCGCCCCGCACCAGGCGCAGGUCAACCUCCUCUUCCGCGCCUUCCUCGACCGCAUUGGUCCCCGCAACGCCGCCCUCAUCCGCCACCUCGCCAUCCCCUUCCCGGUCGACCCGGACCUCUUCCUCCAGCACGCCUCCCUCUUCCCUCGAAGGCGGCCGCCGGGGGGACAGGAGGGAAGGAGAGAGCCGGCGAGCGGACAUACUGAUGAGCAGCGGAGAGACGAGGAUGAGUACGGCAAUGAGUACGGCGAUGAGUACGACGGUGACGACGACGACGAAGACGCGGCGUUGUUGCUGAUCACAGCGCUGCGGCGGCGUUGCCCCGCCCUCGAGACGCUCACGUUCGACCUGCGGUGCAACAACAGCUGGGCGCGGCGGUUGCUGCUGCUGUUGAACGUGAUGACGGAGGCGGCAACUAGGAAGACAACAAAGACAACAACAACGAUGAUAAGUAUGACAACGACGGCGCAGGUGACGGGCGCCGCGCAGGCGGCAGCGCUGCGACUGUUUGGCCCGGUCGACUCCCUGCUUCGGGCGGCAUUCCCGCGCCUCAAGCGCGUGGACCUGCUGCUGGGCGCCGGGGUGUACCGGAACCCCUGGGCGGAUCCGAUCACGCCGGCCGAGGCGGCAUGGCUGCAGGCGGUGCUAGGGAGUGAAAUGGAGGGGAAGGAGAAGGAGGACAAGCAGAAGAUGAUGAUGAAGGAGAGGAAGAAGAAGGAUAAGCGGGGGUUCAGUGCCAAGUGGGACGUGACGGUCGAGGAUGGGAACAAGGAGGAAAGGGGGGGGAGCAAUGCCGAAGCGGCAGGCAGCAGCUCCGCGAACAACUGGCGCUCCGGGGGGGGAUGGGAAUGGUGGGGGGUGGGCAAGUGGUACGGGACGCCACGGAGACCGCGGCACGCGAUCGAGGUGCUCUACGGCCCGCCCGCGCACGCCGUCCGGUCCGAGAUGCACGACCAGUGGACCAGCCUGGACGUGGGGCUAGCCUACCUCCGGCUUGCCAUCGCCUGGCUGCGGUCGCCCACCCGGGCCGUCCUCGACCGGGAGGAGGCCGUCGAGUGGAAGCGCUGGAGGCGGGCCAUGCUCGCCAACGCCGCCCCCCGCGGCCGCGGGACCCUCUCGCUCAAGAGUUUGCGAGUUGGCGGGGGGUCCGGGAGGCGGAGCCUGCGCUCACUGAUAUGUCGGAAACAGACCUAAGAGUGGCGGGGUCGUCAUGCUGUUCUUCGCAAUUGGGGUGUUUCCUUGGUUCAGGGCGUUUGAGGAGUCUUGCUCGCAGUAUGCAUGCAUACCUAAGGGUUCUUUUUUUGUUCUCGUCUUGCUUCUUUUCUUUCUUUCUUUCUAAGGUUGGGGGCGUUUCUGGCC